UGCAUUUGCUGAUCAGUGUAUUACAAGCUGCACACUGCAACUUCCAACUCCAUUCAUGGCGGGAUGUUUAGCUUUGUGUAAGACUGAGACAAAGGGUGUUUUUGUAUUCCUUAGACCUAUAACAUCAAGUCUGGGCAUUCAGAGACGUGCAGGAGGAAAUUCUUCAGCCUCUGUUCGUUCAGAGAGCAUCAAAACUGAGGCUGACCUCCCUGAGGUUACUCUUCCCACAAUACUGUACAGGCUGAUUAUUCAAGGGUAUUACAAUCGCAUGCAUGAGCUGCAGUUAUAUGAAAAACAGCUUUAUGGCCCCAUGUUCAAAGUAAGAGGUGGCAACAAUCAUCCAAUUGCACUGAAUAGUGUAAAGUUGCUGGAGGAGCUGAUGAGGAAAGAUGAUAAAUUUCCUAGCAGAGGAGACAAGCUCUGGAAUGAAUACAGAGAUAUGCAUGGUUUGGGUUAUGGACCUGUCACUGAGGAAGGAGAGAAAUGGUACAAACUCCGAUCUGUGCUGAACAAGCGUAUGCUGCAUCCAAAAGACUCUGUGAAGUAUGACAAUGUGGUUAAUGAGGUGGUCACAGAUUUUAUCAAACGGAUAUGCCAUCUACGCAAGAUGAGCUCCACUGGAGACCUGGUAUCCAACAUGUCCAAUGAGCUGUACCGUUUCAGUCUAGAAGGAAUUUCCUGCAUAUUGUUUGAGACUCGUAUUGGCUGUCUUGAAAAUGAGAUUCCGGCAGAGACUCAAAACUUCAUCAACUCCAUUGCCCAGAUGUUCACUUAUACUAUGGCUAUAACUCUGUUACCCAAGUGGACUCGCAAUUAUUUGCCAUUCUGGCGCCGUUACACAAGCGGUUGGGACGGAAUCUUCAGAUUUGCCUGCAAGUUAAUUGACAGGAAGAUGGAGGACAUUCAGCAGCGCCUGGAUGCAGAUCAGGAAGUUGCAGGAGAAUAUCUCAGCUACUUGCUUUCUAAUACCAACAUGAGUAAGAAGGAUGUAUACGGCAGCGUUACUGAGCUACUUCUGGGAGGAGUUGACACAACUUCCAACACCAUGAUGUGGGCCUUGUACUUACUGUCACAAGAUCCAAAGGCACAGGAUGCACUGUAUCAGGAAGUUAACAGUGUCAUCAAGGGGGACAAAAUUCCAACAGCUGAGGAUAUAAACAAAAUGCCCUACCUCAAGGCUGUCAUCAAAGAGACUCUAAGAAUGUUCCCAGUUGUUCCUAUUAAUGCUCGCCUUCUAUCAGAAAAUGAUGUGAUUAUUGGAGGACACUAUUUCCCUAAGAAGACCACAUUUUUAAUGCAUCAUUAUGCAAUUGGACAUGAUGAGACGAUAUUUCCUGAACCAAGAGUCUUCAAGCCUGAGCGUUGGUUAAGGGACGGGAGGAAGCGUCCCAGCCCAUUCGGAUCCAUUCCAUUUGGGUUUGGAGUGAGAGGGUGUGUUGGCAAACGUAUCGCUGAACUGGAGAUGCACUUGGCUCUGGCAAGGAUAAUAAAGCUGUUUGAAGUCAAGCUGGAUCCCAGAGUUGGAGAGGUCAAAGCUCUCAGUCGUGUUGUGCUUGUCGCAGACAAACCAGUUGAUUUUCAUUUUCUGGAGCGGAAAGGAGUAACCACUUAAAGCUGCUCUGACCUUUAACAUCCAUCAAUUUAGCUAUUUAAUAAAUUCAUACACCCUGCAUAUAAUUCUUUCUAAAGACCCUGUAUCCAACUAGACACAUGUGCCAUGUUAACACAGUACCAUGUUAUCUCAUUGCAGUACCAUGGUGCUGCUGCCAUAUUCGUAAACUAGGCAGCUGAACAAAAGUUCGCAGAGAUUGUUUCGUCACCAAUAAGAAAAUCAACCACAAUCAUUCUACCAUUAAUUAUGUAAGCUCUGUAAUUUCAUUAUAUGAUAUACAUAUGUACGUAUGUACGUAUGUAUGUAUGUAUGUAUGUAUGUAUGUAUGUAUGUAUGUAUGUAUGUAUGAAUGUAUGUAUGUAUUGAUGCAAAUGAAGAAACACUGCACAAUAAGAGCAUGUAUUUUAGUUCUUUCUAUUAGUAUCUAUGAAUGCCAUUCAAUAGUUAUGAAUUGUUUUUUUCAAUAUUCUUGAAAGAAAUGAAUUACAGCAGCCUUUUCAGUGUGUAUACUGUAUAAAAUCUGAAAUCAAAAGCGUUAAUGUUAGUGUAGAAAAUAUUAAGAAUAUUUAACAAUUUGAAACACAUGCACACACAGGUACAGCGGGGCAAAUAAGUAUUUGAUACUUCCCGAAUUUUUCAGGUUUUCCCACUUACAAAGAAUGGAGAGAUCUGUAAUUUUCAUCGUAGGAACACCUUAACUGUGAGAGACAGAAUCUUAAAAAAAUCCAGAAAAUCACAUUGUAUGAUUUUUUAAUAAUUAAUUUCCAUUUUAUUGCAUGAAAUAAGUAUUUGAUACAAUAAAAAAUAAGCACUACCCAAUAAUUAGGUUUUAAGUUGUGAUUUAAAUGUGGGCACAGAGACGAGGUUACGGAUAUUUUCAAAGUUAUUAAGAUUUAAAAUUGACACAGUGUUUUACAGUAUAGGGAGGACGUGGAAUUAUUGAAGGGAGGGGGUAUUGUGAUUGCAUGCAUGUGAUGCAUGAUGGUUUGAUACAGGCAGCAGAAUUCUGAAUAAGUUGUAGUUUGUGGUAGGCCAGCUAAAAGCGUAUUACAGUAUAUUAGCACCUUUGCCGUAUCUCACCCCAAACCUAUCAGGACAAAUAUUGUUAAGAGUCCAACAUCAUGACUUUCACUAAAGCAGUUUUUGUACUGUGUUUAGUACGGAACCCAGAUUGAAAUCAUUCAAAUAGUUUAUUGUCACUAUUGAGCAUGAACCUGUAUUAUCAUAUUUAUUAUUAUAUCAUAUUAUUAUACUGAUUAUUG